UCAGGGACGCGGCAGGAAAUGGAAGAGCCUCCGCAAGAGGCUCUGGCUGAACCCUUGAAACAUGAAAGCACAGCCGCUCCCUCAAGUGCUGGCCACACUAAUGGCCAGGAAGAAGACGACCAGAAAAACCAGGCCGAAAGGAAGGCAGAUAACCACACUGCUCGCAGAAUAGCCGACCAGACUGCCCUAAGAGUGCCUAGCCAGGCUGAAUCCAACAUAUUUAGCCAAGCUACCAACGGAGUAGCUGAACAAAAUGGGCAUAGUACACCUGGUCAAGCUGGCCGCAGAGCAUCCAACCCUGCUGAUGUUUCUGACCUUAGAGCAGAUGAUCAGGUUAUCCAAACACCGUCUGAACAGACUGAAGGCAAGGCAUCUAGCCAAGCUAAUAAUGUACAGUAUGAACAGAGUGAUGGUCAGGUGUCUGGCCUGACGGAGGAAAGAACUGCUGAACAGAUUGAACGAAGAUUACCUAGCCAGGCUGAGAGAAGAACUUCUGGGCAGAUUGAUGGUAGACUGUCUAUGCCAUCUGACCAGAGAGGUUCCAGACAGACUGACCACAGAAUGUCAGGCCAGGCUGAGAGAAGAACUUCCGAGCAGAUUGGUGGUAGAUUAUCUACACAGUCUAGCCGAAGAGCUUCUAAACAGACCGACCACAGAAUGGCAGACCAGUCUGAGAGAAGAGCUUCCGAGCAGACGGAUCGCAGAAUGUCUGGCGAGGCUGAGCGAAGAACUUCUGAGCAGAUUACACACAGAUUAUCCAAACUAUCUGAGAGAAGACCUUCUGUGCAGAUUGACAGUGGGUCAUCCAUACCAUCUGACCGAAGUCCUUCUGUACAGAUUGACAGUGGAUCGUCCGUACCAUCUGACCAAAGACCUUCCGUACAGAUUGACCGCAGAAUGUCAGGGAAAGUUAGGAGAAGAACUUCUGAGAAGACUGACUACAGAUUGGCUAGCCUGGCUGACCAAGGAACUUCUGAGCAGACUGACCUCAGAUUGUAUGGCCUCGUUGACCACAAAACAUCUGUAAAGACUCACCACCAAGUGUAUGGCCAAGCCACUGAACUAGCUGAACCCCAGGCUAUUGACCAAGCUCAUAGUAAUGCUGAUCAACCUCCAGUUGACAAUGCUUACUACAGUGAAUCUGACCAGAUUGACCACUUAGCAGACAGACAAGCUAAUCAUGAAGACGAGCUGUCUUACUAUGAAACACGUGGCCAGUCUGAAGACAGAACAUUUCCGCAGUUAGGCAACAGCAAGGAGGACAAAGAGGCUGACUACAGAGUGCAACCCUGCAAAUUUGAGGAUAGCCAAAUAGACCUCAAUUCCAAGCCUUCAGUUGAAAUGGAAACUCAAAAUGCAACCACUAUCCCAGCCUACAACCCAGUUGAUGCCAGAUUCACCAGUAACUUCCAAGCAAAAGACCAAGCCCUUUUCCCAAGACUCCCCUCCAUCUCAUCCAAAUUGAACUAUAUCAGCAGUCAAGAAAAAACUCAAGCCAUAGUAACCAAAUCUGGUGAAUUUUCAGAAAUUGAGCAAGGAAAGGGUUAUCGUACACCCAAUCAAACUUAUAGAAGGUUCCCUUCUAUAGUUUAUGAAGAUCCUUAUCAAGUUUCACUCCAAUACAUGGAAAAACACCACAUUCUGCAAAUAUUCCAGCAGAUUACGGAAAACUUAGUCUAUGAAAAGCCAGAGGACCCCCUGAAUUUUAUGCUGUGCCAGAAUGAGGCAAUGAAUAAGAGGGAUAGGCUUGGUAUGGUACAGCGAACCUGUCUGAAGAUGUUUGUCUAAGAAGAAAAGGGAGAAAAUAAAGAUCAAGCUUCAUAUGCAAUGACUCAGGCUCUCUACCAAAAGAGCUAUCUAAUAUGGAAGACCAAUCAGCUAAAAGUGUAUUCAGCUCUUAGUCCCUAAGUGGAAAGAAGUAGUCCCAGGCCAGGAGUAAACACUAAAAAUUCUGGGUGGAACUUACCGUCAAGCAGAAGAGAAAGAGGUGUCUCAGAACUGGCCCUUUUGGAGUAAAACUGAAAGAGGACAUGGAUGGCUAUGUCAAAUAUAAAAGGAAAAUAAAUGUUUCAA